UGAGGGUUGAAAAUAUAUUUAUCUCCUUCUCCUAUUUCAACGAUCCUCAUAUCCUCUUGUUGUCCUUAAGAGGUGUUCUCGAGCCUUUUGCUACCAGCUUAUCAACCAUUGUUACAGACACGACGUCAUAACUGUGUUAUCAGCACCUUAAAUUGCGGGCAAACCUUGAAAGACACAGGCCCCUGAUUGUGACAGCAACCAACACGAUGGCAAGCGCAGCACACGAUCCCCGACUGCUAUACAGCGUCAAUAAUAUCCGUGCUUUCCAUAUCCAAGAUGGCGAGGAGCAGGAGCUCACGCCGUCCGGUCCUCAAACCCUAUCACUGCUAAUGGUCCCCACCAACACCGCCACUGCUGGCCCUGGAACAGAUUGGCCUGAAGAUUCACAGGAAGAGGAUUUCUAUCUUCACCUAUACCUCCCACCUGAGCUCGAUAUUGCGAUACCGGCGACCACACAGAUCUUUCACCAACCUCCCGACAGUUAUCUGAUUCCCCGCUGGGAUAUGGGUCCCGAUUCUGGCGCCUUCAUUCGCAUCCAGUUCCCUAGCAUUGGCACAGGCCUCAGCAAUGUGUCUCAGGAUGAUAUUGAUACCUUUGAAUCCAUCCUUGCGCAGUGCACUGCAUUCCUCGAGCGCGCCCCGCAGCCGAAGGCUCAGGACUAUACUGCUUAUAACCCGGCCGACUACGCACCCGGCGAGGGUUAUGUUGGAAACCCAGAUACAAAGAAUGCAGAUGUACAUGGGAGAAUUGUACUCGUGGAUGAAGAGAACGGCAGUGUGGUUGGAGAGCUAGGAGAUGGCUACAAUGUAGUCGAGGAUGCCGACGUGAAGCCUGGUUCUAAAAGACCGGUAGGAAUUGAACUCCCUGCAGAAGGUGCAGGCAAUCAAGUCAGCGUCAGCAAUGUCUCCGAAGAAUACCUAGCGUUGGCCCGGCACCCGGCGUAUAAGAACUCGACACUAGUUCAGAGUUCAGCCACGGCAUCUCGUUUGAUCGUGACUGGAUCGACAUAUUUGGCAAGUGCCAUCGCGAACGGCGCGGAGAAUUUCCAAAAGAAGACGCAGCCAAAUAUCAAGCCUCUGAAAUUCUCGGACGCUACUCACGCGCGCAUCCGCAAGGUCGGCACUUUAUCCAACGGAGCAGCAGAUAUUUCUGCUCGCACAGUCGGACAGGUCGGAAGGGUUGCACAGAACCUAGGUGCGUCGUUGGCGCGCAAACAAGAAGCUGGCCGGAACAAAGGCAUCGAUAGGCGCAACCCACCGCCAGAAUAUAAGCCCGGUGUGCUGAACAAAUCAAUGAUCGCAUUCUCAACCCUGGCCGACGGCAUCGAGCAGAGUGCCCGGAACAUGCUCUUCUCCGGUGCCGGUGCCGCCAGCUCCAUGAUUGAACACCGCUACGGCAAUGAGGCAGGCUCCGUCGCAACCAACCUGACGGGUGGAAUCAAGAACGUCGGAUUGGUUUACAUCGAUGCCACGGGUGUCAGUCGCCGCGCGCUUUUGAAGUCUGUUGCCAAAGGAAUGGUCGUUGGAAAAAUGCGCGACGGUCAACAGGUUGUCGUCGGCGGUGGUGACGGCGGCCAGGUUCCAGCUAACGCUGUGGAGGCUGCUUCGGGCCCUUCUGGGUUGAGCGCCCGGGACCCUGUUGUGCGGCGUCCGUCGCCUAACUCCACACCGCCUCCUGCAUAUGGUGCGUCGGGGACAACGUCCCUCAACGGGUCAUCCAUGCCAGGGGGUAAGCGGUAAAAAUUCGGGGGGCUGGUGGGAAUGGCAAUUACAGUGCUCGGGGAGAGCGAGAUCUCGUAUAUGGAGAUGUUUGGGCUAUUUCCAUUUUGUGACUUUGAGUCUUGUCUAUUUUACCCUUUUCGAUACCUAGGUAGUGACCUCGCAUAUCCGCAAUAAAGUUCCGACCGCAUCUUAUGCACAAAUCCGUCACCACCUUUAGUUUGCGAUUCUUCAAGAACCAUUGGAUAGAAUUUGGGUUCUGGCUAGGUGGCACAGCGCCAAAAGAGGGAGAGCACAGUAGACCGUCUUUUCUAGCGACACUUUGAUUUGUAUACGGAGUACGGAGUAGAGUCAGCAGACAAAAUUUG